AUGUAUUUCCCACAUUAUGAUUCAUUUGAAUUACGAGAAAUCAAAGAUUCUCUUGAUAAAAUCGGAAUUGAAGAAACACUUAAACUACACAAAUACAUGUUUACAUUUAAUCCUUAUCUAAUCGAAACGUUUCUGACAAAUCAUUCUUUAAUUGACUCAAAUAUUGAAAUUUUUCAGCUCACUGUUCUCUACUCUUAUAUCUCAUUGAUACAAACACCGAAAUUAUACCUAAACCUUGAGCUUUCUCUACCAGUUAUGAAAGGAAUGUUGGCAAUAUAUGUAAAUUCAUCGAAUCAAAUCAUUUCAACAAUUAUAAAAAGCUCAGUGUAUAAUCUAUUAAGCAAUAUCUUUAAUUCAAAUGAAAAUUUCGAUUAUUCUCUUUUGAUCCCUUUUUUAUCCUUUAUAUUUUUCCAUCCAUCAAGCUUACCAACAUAUACAUUCGAUCUUUUAAUAUCAUCAAGCCAUGUUAUUCUCUCAGAUAGACGAUAUUCCACAGAAUUCAUAUCAAUACUCGAUGGAAUUACAUUACAACUCGGAGGAUAUUUACCAAAUCGUUACAUUAAUGAAAUAAUUACAGAUCUGAGCAUUUAUAUUCUUGAACUUUCAGUUGAUGCGUUAUUAUUUUUCUCACAUCUUUCAAAUUCUGUUAGUGAAGAGAGAAUGAAUGAAGUAGAGAAGCUAAUUGUGAUCGGCAUACAAAAUUCGGUUAAAGAUGAUACCCAAAAUUCAAUUCACAAUUCAAUUGAAAAAAUUCCUUUCAUUGAAUAUCACAAAACAGAUAUUGAACGCUUAUCAGAUGUGCAAUGUGAUAUUCCUCCAUUAGAAAACACUCCACAGUUUCCAAGAAAAAUUGAAUUAUUUGAAAUCAUUGGCUCAGAAAUUUUCACAAAAAUGCGUAUUGUUUCUCAAGCUCUGAUUGUGAAUAAACAUGUUUGCGCAUCAUUCAUAGAGAUGUGUAAAACAGCUUUUGACCAAGACAAAGAAAUUUCCAUCAAAAAGUUCGCAACUUUUUUUGCACUUUUCAUUGAGAUAAGAAAACAGUUUCCUUUUUCGAUUCCAGUUCAAAUUUCAAGUCACAAAUCUCUUUUCAAUCCACAGAUCACAGUAUAUGGAUCUGAAUUACCAAACGACAUCCACACACUACGCUCUAUUGCAAUCGAUUUUAUCUCAGCAAAUGGCUUAGAGUCAAUCAUGUUUACUCUAUAUAAUGUGAUGGGAUAUCCAUUGCUCUUCUGUGAGGUUCUUCAAAGACUGAUCAAGCAAUCUCCAAUAACACUAUUUUUAGAUAACUGCGCUCCAACAUUUGCACAAAUGACGCUAUAUCCAAUGUUCUUCUAUAAAUCAUCGAAUUCAUUUACAAAAGAAUCUUCAAUGGCUAGAUUUUGCAUUUUUCAGUAUAUGAAUAACUAUUUACUUGAUAAGAAUAUAUCAAAAAUGCUAUUCAAUGAUCAGUUUUUCAUUGAAUAUUUCAGUACAUUAUUAUAUGAUCACAAUGAUAUUUCCUAUAUUAGAAUUCCAUUCUUGAAGUAUCUUACUUCAAAAGAUGCAGUUGACAACGAAAAUUUAAUUGAAAAGGUAACAGGAAUCAUCUUGAAAGAAUGCGAUAAAGCAAAUGAUAAUGAAUCUCUAUUAAUUCUUGUAGACUUAUUCAAGAUUAUUAAUGAGGCAAUGAUCCAAAACCCAGAACUGUCAUUGAAUAUUUCUACAGUUAUAGGAGAUGUUUGUGAUAGUUUUAAUGAUGUAGAGAAAGGAGAAAAUUCCGAAGAAUAUAUUAUUCAAUCAUUAGGAUUGAUCAUAUGCUGCUCUCUUGAAAGACCUCUAACAACACCGGAGCUUGCUUUGAUCGAAGCUGUAGUUCGGAAAAUUUUUGGAAUUCAGCCACCAAAACAAAUUUUCACUAAAAUUAUUCAACUUUUGAGUGGAAGGAGCCUAACUAACAUUCAUCCCUCAUUUAAGAUUAAGCAACCAAAAGUUCUCCAAACAUUUAUUAAUAUCUUUAAGAAUUCAUCUGAAAUAAUUGAAGUUUUCACUUUCAUUUCUUCGCUAUUCACAUUUUCUUCCAAAAAUUGUGAAGCCGCUCAUAAAAGCUCAUUUGACAAUUUUUUGAUACAAAUAAUUUUCAAAUGGAGAGAUAGUCAGGAUAUAGAAAGUUCAAUUUAUGAAAGUGCAAUAAAACUUCUAAUGACUCUCAUGUCAAGCAUUUCUUCAGUCAUAAUUGUAAGACAGUUUGUUUCAGUAUUAUGCCCAAUAGAUGGAGAACUAUUUCCAAGGCAUCAUCAAAUAACAAUGGCUGCAUUGAAUGAAGUCCUUUCCAAAUCACGCCUGAAGCCAAGCUGCGCUUUUCCAAUUGAUAUGGAUUCAGUUAUUGAAGUUAAUGGAUUUGAUAGGCAACAAAUCACAAAUGGUUUCACCAUUUCUACGUGGCUUUAUUUGAAUCAUUUUGAUCCUCAAUACAAACCGCCCAUUUUCAAUAUUUCUGAUACUGUUACCAAACAAGAAGUUGGAGUGUUUCUACAAGGAAAUUCUUGCGUUAUUUAUGUUCAAUCUAAUGAAAAAAAUUGGUCUAUUAGACCGAAUUUUGCUAUACCAACCAAGAAAUGGUGUCUCUUGGCAAUUUCUUUUAAAUUUGACAAUGCACUCAAGAAAUGCAUUGCCAAUCCAAUGUUAAAUGACGAAGAACCUGCAACACUAUUUUUAAACUACCCAGAUUUGAAUGAUCAAAGUAAUUCGCCAGGAUUAACACUGACAAUUGCAGGCACCAUAAAUGAUUCAGUCCAGCCAAAGAAACCUCUUCUCAUGAGCUCAUUUUCUGUAUAUUCAGGAGAUUUGAAAAUUCAAGUAAUGAAAAGCUUGUUUGAUAAGUCACUCAUUUCCCAACCUGUUUUUAUCAAAGGAGAAUCCCUCGUUAUGCAUAUAGUUCCAAAAGAUAGAGACGGAACGUUUGCAAUUAUUGAUACUCUUAAUAACAGCAAUUUAAAGAUCAAGCAUGCAAAAAGAACGAAUAAUACACCUUUGACACUUAGUGACGUUUUAGUUAAUAAAUGUGGAGUAGAUUUAUUACUACCACUUUUCGCUCAAUUUGAUUUGACCUUUUCUGACAAAACAAACUUUAAAUUUUAUCCAGAAUUGGUUAUUGAUUUGCUCGAAAAUGCACUUGUCAUAAACAGUGAAGGACAAAAGAUGUUUUUGGAGAAAAAUGGAUUCCAAAUUAUUUCUCAUUUAUUAAGGCAGAGCGGGGACAAUAAUAUCAAUUACUCGAUCUACCAGCGAUUUUUUAAUAUUUUUGGCCUUAUUACAAACAAAGAAUUGCAAAAGAAUUUACUUCUUUACAUUUUGUUUAAUGUUGAAAUUUGGCUGAAAACUGACAGUGAAAAUCACAAGAGGAUUACAAGACAUUGGAGUCGAGUUCUUUUACCAGCUAGAAAAGCAAUGAUGUGUGAGUUAUUCCCAUUCCAUUUCAUUCUAAGUUUAUUAAGAUCCUACUACUACUAUGAUGGAAUUGAAAAGGGAAUAAUAAGAUGCCCAAAUAGAAUCCGUGGACAACAAUUUGAUGUAUUAGAUGCAAGAAAGCAGCUUUUCAUAAUUUCACAUAUUAUAUCUAUCGAAUCAUUUAAUGAGCUUGAUUUCAAAACACUGAUCAGUCAUAUUUUAACAGUUAAUGACCACAAACAAACACCAGACCUAUUGAUUUUUCUGAGAGAAAUCAUUGUUGAGAAUAUUAUCCUUAAAAAGUUCCAAAUACAAUCAAUUUCCAUUCUUCCCCUACUACAAUAUCUUUUCAACCUCCGCAAUGAUAAAAUUUCUGCUGCGACUAUUUCUGUUAUCAUUGAAAGUCACAAAGCUGAUUUAAUAAAUGAUAUUGAUAUUAACAGGCAUAUUGACAUUAUAAUGCAUCAAAUUCCAAUUGAAAGCAUUACAGUUGAUUUUUAUACAUCUAUUUUAGAGAUGUUAGAGCAAACACCAGAACUAUUUCCAUUUGUAUCUUGGAUGGCAGUUAACUUGGGAGAAAAUUCCUUAUCGAAAUUGAUAAAUAAUGUAAAACCUUCAAUUAAUUAUACAAAGCCAGCAUUUUGGAUGAAUUGGCUAGUUGUUGCAAUAUUCAAUCUUGAGAAAAACAAACAGCUUAAACAAGAUGUCAUUAAAUAUAUUCUCAAUUGCGGAAAAAGUAAUAUUCUUUCAAUUUAUGCAUCAUUUUACAUUAUUGGACUUUCCUUAAACAAGAACUACGAAGAUGUGAUAUGCCAAUUACUUCUUGCAUAUGGACAAAUGAUUUAUAAAGAUGAAAGCGAAAAUACUAAUCAAUAUUUUACAUUCGUCACAAAUUUCAUAUUGUUCAGGCAAAAAUCAGAGAACAACGCAAUUCUUAAGCUGUACAAUGACUAUUAUAACACAUUUUCAACCAAAAGCAACCAAAAGAAAUCAAUUCCGAACACUGCAUCACCAAAGAACAGGAGAAGAAGCAGGUACUCAAUAAAUAUUGAUUAUGAAGAAUUCCAGUUGAAUCAAGAAAGUUACUCUCCUGUUUUGUCUAAGUUAGCUUUUGAAACGAUUACAAACAAAACGGAAAGGAGUCCUCUUUUGAAUAAGAAGAGAAAGAACAUCGAAUGUAGUUGCUCAAUAAGUCAACACCAAGAUAUAAAAAUUACUAAACUCAGUCCAUCUGAAUUAAAUGAGUCAAUCGGAUUUCUAUCCAAUUGCAGCUUCGACUAUAACAUCGGAUUAAGAUUUUCUCAAUCUGGAAAAUGGUCAGACAUUGAAUUAGCUGCUCAGGCGAUUUCAAUUUUUGAGAAAAUUCCUGAUCAAAAUUACUCAGAAAUAGUGAUUAUACUUUGCUCAUUCUUACUACAUGAAGGAGUUGAUGUUUCUCUAGCUAUGUCAAAAAUCCUUCAGACGCCACUAGUUUUGAACGCAAUGAACUUUUUCUAUCAUCAUGCAUCAGAAACAAAAACAGAUGUAUAUUUUGAUCAACAACAUUCUUCUUUUGAACCAAAGAGCUUCGAAUACAUCAAGUCUCUUUCACAAAGAGAGGCCAAAAAUAUCAAUGCAUCUCCUUUGCGAUAUAUUAAGCAUUUCAUCAGAGAACAAGAAGAUGCAUCAAGGAAGGCUAUGGGAAUUUUUGGAAUGAUCUCGGAUGAAGUCGUUUCAAUCGGCGUGAAUGUCAUGGCAGAGUUCAUAUCAAUUUGGCAAAAACAAAUUCUUGAUAGCGAAAAACUUUGGAAUAGGUAUUGGCAGACAAAUACUUCAAACAAUGCUCCAUGGCUAAAAUCCCUGCCUGAAAAAAUGCGGAAUAAUGAACAUUUCAAGAGAGAUUCUUGCAUUUGUCCUUUCUUUUGUCCAAUGAAACAAAAGCAGAGCAAAGACUUUUCUGACCAUAUGGAUGCAUCCUUAUUGAGAGAUACUGGAUCAAAGAAUGUGAUGAUGUCAAAGUUAGAAGAUUAUAGACGCAAGCUAGCUGAAGAAUAUUCAAAAUCAAUACUUAUCAAAAAUGAUAGCUUGACACAGGACAGUUAUAACUACAUUUCUUCCGAUGAAGAAAACAGUACUGAAUUAGGUGACAAAAAUAUCGUUCGCUGUAUUUUGGAACUCCAUUGUGACUUAAUUAAAGUAGAUUCAACAACGAAGUCAACAUUUACAUUAAUGACAAAUGAAUUCAUUUUAACAACUAAGAACAGGACAAAAAUUGUAAAUUUGAAUCAAAUUAAAAACAUUUUUAGGAGAUCACGAUUACAUCAUAAAACUGCAAUUGAAGUUUUCACAUAUGAUGGCAAAUCGUAUUUCAUUGAUUUCAAAAUAAUAAAUUCGAUUUACAUUAUUUUAGAACUAGAAAAACUGAAAUUGCCAAGAAUACAAAUUUUUCAAAAACUUGAUUUCAUGGAACAUUUCAUGGAAUCAAAUUUCACAGAUCUUUGGAUUCACAGACAAAUAUCCAACUUUGAAUAUCUGAUGGUCUUGAAUGUUUACAGCGGAAGAAGUUUCAAUGAUACAAGCCAAUAUCCAAUUUUCCCAUGGAUCAUCAAAGAUUACAAGUCUCAAAUUCUUUCUUUAGAAGAUCCUGAAACGUAUAGAGAUUUAACCAAACCAAUUGGCGCGAUUGGCAAGGAUCGAUACCAGAAAUUACUUGAGUCAUUCCCCUCUAUUCAAUAUCUCUAUGGAAGUGGAAUGAGCUGCUUUUUAGCUGUCUAUCAUUAUCUUAUUAGAGUUGAACCUUUUACAUCGCUCCACAUUGAUCUCCAAGAUGGAGCAUUUGACAAAACAGCAAGAUUAUUCACAUCAAUUGAUAAGUCUUAUGAUAAUAGUACAACAGGAACUAAUAACUACAAAGAAUUGAUACCCGAGUUUUUCUUUUCUCCAGAAAUUUUUGAAAAUAAAAAUCAUUUUGAUUUAGGAUCGAAAAAUUCAGAUGUCGAACUACCAAACUGGGCUGCAAAUCCAACAGAAUUUGUUUAUUUGCACAGAAAGGCAUUAGAAAGCGAUUACGUUAGUCAGCAUUUAAAUUCUUGGAUCGAUCUAGUUUUCGGGGUUGAUCAGAAGAGGGAAGACAAUAUUUUCAUGGAAGAAAUGUAUUCAGAUAUUUGGAACGAUAAAGAAAACAUGAAAAAUGCUGAAAGACGAGCUUCAAUUGAAGCUAUUUUAUACCAUGUUGGACAAAUUCCUACGCCACUGUUCAAAGAAAUGCAUCCUCGAAGAAUGGCAUCAAUGAAACAAACAAACUCAAUAGAUAAACCACUUUCAGUCUGCUUGUGCGAGUCCAAAUCAGUUAUCAUUAGUGCAAUUCGUGUGACACAGAGCCAUAAAUAUAGGAUCAACAUUAUUGACAGACUAGGUUUAUCAAAUGCAUGCUUAAUUGAUGCUGUAUCUAUUGCAACAAAAAUCAAACUUAUCAAUUCAAGACAAAUUCCAUUGGAAGAUGUAUUAUCACCUCAUAAAUUACAGAGAUCCAGAAGUGGAAGUGAGAGAUACCCUUCAAAUGUUCUAUCUUCUCCUCGUCAUGCUAGACAUUCAUUGAUAGACAGAGAGAAAGUUAAUAUUGAUGUUGUUGAUAGAAGGGAAUUCGUAAUGACAUCAAAGAAUCUUAGAGACUUCGCUUUAAUUAAUGAGAGGAAAUUGAAAGCGCAGUAUUCAAGUAGUAUUGACUCAUUCAUUAUUACUUAUCCAUCAGAAAAUGAUGAACAAUGUCUUCGCGUUAUUAAAAUAUUAGAAAGAGAUGAUUCCAAAUGUGAUGUUUUAAUUCCUCAGCGAAGUCAUGUCUUAUCAUUGAGUUGCGGUGGCGAGUGGGUUGUUGUAUCCAAUAAAGAUGCAACAGUUUCAUUCUACACUUCCGAUAACCUACUUCAUCCGAAAUUCUCAGUUCAAUCAUUCACUUCUGAUGUAAGAUGCUCUGCUAUUUCCCAAAAUUUCCAUAUGAGUGUAUUAUGCACUAGAGAUGGUGACACUAUUAUUGUUUCUCUCUCUUCGUAUAAGAUUGUUAAGACAUUUUCGAUUGGAGAAAAAUGGCAUCCAGUAUCUGUUAUAAUAACACCGACAUGGGGAUUUAUUUUAAUAUUUGCGACAAUGAUUGAUGAAAAUGGAAUUUUAAACAAUAAAUUGUUCCUAUAUUCAGUCAAUGGAGAAUUCCUGAAAUCGUGUGAUAUUGAAAGAAGUAUUACAUCUUUUGAAACUGUUAGAUCUCCUGAUGGAUUCGAUUAUAUCUUGAUGAGCGAUGAUAUUUCAAAUCUUUAUUGCUUCGAAGCGUUUUAUCUUGAUAUUGGUCAACCAUUUUUCUCUGCAUCGUCUGCAACUACCUCAUCUGUGAUGAUUUCGAGUGUUGUUGAACUUGAAUAUGAUUGGGAAAAUUCAAUUUGCAUUGCAGUUACCAACAGUGGAAUUGCUCUUUUUAUUCCACUUUGCAUAAAUUGA